GCUUGCGAUGGGCGAUUUCCUUCCAACUUCGAUUGUUUAAUAGUUCGCUGAUAAGUCCACCGCAAACAGACCUUCAUGUACUCCAGCCGCUAGGCCUGACACAUCAAGUAUCUACAAGCCAAUCAAGACUUCUGGAGAUACUCCUUCACCGUUCACCUACAGGCCUUCUCUGAGUUCUAACCGCAAAGAUGGCUGACGACGAUAACUUCGAUAUCGACAUCUACGGCGAUGACUCUGCUCAGAACUACCCGGAGUCGAACGCCCAAGACGCCGCCCAGGCAGACACUGUCGUGACUCACACCGAACCGCACGUCGGCGAAUCAACAAAUGCCCCCAGCGGCGGAAUCUCCGAUCUCGCAGCUCCAGAAAUCAAACGGGAGAGCUCUAGCGGGGCGACAAACGGAGACCCGCAUCAUGAGAACGCGACGCAGCAGAUAUCAAGCACUGGUGGGUCGAUGAGCAGCCGAGUGCCUGUCCACAAGCAGGCUCCCCAGCAGCAGGGUACAAAGCGCAAACAGGGCGAAGACGACGACCGCCCCAUGGAUCCAGGUGCUACUGCCGCGCUCGUCAUUAAUGACCUCAACUGGUGGAUUAGCGAGGAAGACAUUCGCGGAUGGGCAAACCAAAGCGGAUGCGAGGAUGAGGUCAAUGAGAUCACUUUCAAUGAGCACAAGGUCAAUGGCAAAAGCAAAGGCCAAGUCUACGUCCAGCUACACAGUCCCCAGGCUGCUACCGCCCUCAAGCAUCAGAUAGAAGCCCUGUACAAAGACCAAGCUCACGCGAAGAAGCCCACCGCCAUCUUCAAUCCGCCGCACAUCAAUCCGUACAGGACCCUACCAAAAGAUGUUCCUCAGCGCGAUAAGAAUCGCGGCGACCGCUCCACCUCCGGCAACUUUGGUAACCAGGGCGGCCAAGGCGGGAGCUUCAACCGCUUCAACCAAAACAGGGGUAACUACAACAACCGUGGAGGAAACAUGAGCUUCCAGAACAACCGUAACUUCUCUGGCCCUGCUGGAAACAUGGGCGGUAACAUGGGUGGCUACGGCGGCGGUCCUGGUCCUAUGAACAACUUCGGUGGUGGUCCUAUGGGAGGCAUGAACAACUUUGGCGGCGGCUUUAAUCGCGGCGGCGGCAUGAUGGGCAUGCGUGGUGGCAUGAACCACCGUGGCGGACGAGGCGGCGGUAUGGGCAUGAACAACAUGGGAAUGAACAUGCCAAUGGGAGGAAACAUGAUGGGCAUGGGUGGCAAUAUGAUGGGAGGAAUGGGCCAAAACAUGGGCAUGAUGCCAGGAGGCAUGGGUAGGUCGAGGGUUCCUACUACCACCUGUGACUUGCCCCUCUCCCCAACUCGCUGAGAGGGUAUCUUCAUACUAACGUGUGGAUUUCAUAGGGGGUCCCGGCAGCUUUGGCGGUAGCCAACCGAACUUCAACCCAGCCUUCUUCCCUCAAAACCAAGGCGGCGGCG